UCGUAUCCACGAUGGCCUCCUGUGCCAAGCACUGCGCCCAGAACAUUAAAGAGUCUCAAUAACUGCUUCAUCAUCAUCAUCAUCAUCAUGUUUUUAAAAAUAGCAAUCACCAUUUACUCAGCACUUAGGUUAUGUGCCUUGUCUAAGCUCAAAAGUUCUCAACACCAAUCUGUGGGGGAGCUAGGAAUGAAGCUGAACAGCCCAAGCCACACACACAAAUGCUCUGUCAUUCAGCUUUCAGAGUUCCCUUCUCCCUUUUUUAAAUGGACAAGAUAUCAAUUACAAAUGAAAACUUCCUGAAUUAUUUCCUUAUUCCACCUCUCUCCUUCUAGACUGUCAACUCCUUGAAGGCAGGCAGCUCCCAUGAUUCACGCUUAUCUAUAGAUCCUGCUCUACAUUUAACACCAUACCUUGCACACAAUCAAGACCCAGUAAAUACCUGCUGACUUAGGAAGGCAAAGAACAAAUUAUAACAGGUAGAAACUGAAGCAAAAACAGGAAACACAGAAAGCAGAAAUAUUGGUCAGCUAACCGACUAGCUUAUUUCCUCUUUUUUAUUUUCUCUUGUCAGUUCUUUAAUCGUUCUAGAGGCCAAGGCCUUGGGGCAGCCACUCUGCACAGCCCCUUGUGAUCCAAGCUCAGGGAUCUGCUCCAGGUUGGUUCACCCUUGGUCAAGGGGAAAUUAGAUGGGAGCAACCAGGCCAGACGAGGCAGGUUGGGCAGAGGGAGGUCUGUGAGCCUGGCCUCGCCCUACAUCAGGUCACUGUGCACUGAGUGAGCCCUGCUCCUCUGGUAAGCCCAACCUGCCCUCUUCCCAUUGCCCCUCCCCCACCCCAUAGGCGGGAACCCCAGACACCCUGCCCUCCCUGGACAGCAGGGGGCGCCUCAGGCACCAGCUCCUCCCCCUGGGUCCUGCGGCUACACUUCCGGUCCGGUCCCUUUAGCCCCUGGCUGGAUGCCUUCAGUCCCUGGCCCUGGAUAAAAACCAAAGCAGAGGAGAGGGGUGAAGCAGAGGAAUCCAACUAGGAGGAGAAGCUGGUCCUGCCCCCUUUCUCGGGCUGCUCCCCAGCUGGCCUCUCUCCGGGAGCCUGAGUCCAGGAAACAGGAAGUGCUUAUUCUGAGGACAAGAGACAUGGGCCCUGCUGGCUGUGUCUUCCUGCUAUCGCUUCUGCUGGGGGUCUCAGGCACAGAGGAGGAGGAACCAGAGAAUCUCUUUAAGUCAAUCUGUGGGCGGCCUGCAGUCUCAACUGGCAUUGCCUCAGGCAUGGAGGCCAACGUGGGGCAGUGGCCCUGGCAGGUCAGCAUCCGCCACGGCUUGCUUCACGUCUGUGCGGCCACCCUCAUCUCACAGCGGUGGGUGUUGACGGUAGCGAGCUGCUUACGGUCUAAGGACACCAGAAAAUAUGGUGUAUUGGUGGGGUCGCUUCAGGUCGUUGGUCGCCCAGACUCCAAAACGACGAUAAUACCUGUGUCCAGGAUUAUUCCCCACCCUGAGUUCCAGGAAAACAUAUCGAGCGCCAUCGCUGUGGCGGAACUGGCCUACCCAGUUUCCUUUAGCCCUGUAAUCCUGCCCAUCUGCCUCCCCUCAUCUGGAGUUCAGCUGAAGAACUCAACCUCCUGCUGGGUGAUUGGAUGGAGCUAUUCUGGAAUAUACCAAUAUAGGAAACCAUCUUAUACACUCAAGGAACUGAAAGUGCCCCUCACUGAUCUCCAGACAUGCAGUGACUACUACCAGAAAGAAACCUUGUUGCACAGAGUCAAGCCCAACAUCAGUGAAGCCAGGAUCUGCUCCAAACUCCCAGAGGAGCAGAUGGAUCAGUGUAUAGGCAGUAGAGGAGAUCCCCUGAUGUGUCACGUGGAGGAUUUCUGGGUCCUGGCAGGAGUGGUGAGCUGGGGAUUAAACUGCAUCCGAAUCAAUGAGCCUCGAGUUUAUACAAACAUCAGUUUCUACAAAUCUUGGAUUGAGAAGUCAGCCAUCUCGCAUACUGACUUUUCUUCUACCCCUUGUCUGGAAGUCUCUGGGCUCCCCCUUGUUAUGCUUCUGCCUCUCAUUUUCCUGGGCCUACCCUAACCGGCUGAGGUCAGUAUGGCCAGGGUAAAGUGGCAAUUGAGAAUGAGGGUGAUAGGGGAAAUUCUAGAAGUUGAAGAUUUUGAAGAGAGAUUUUGAAGAUUAAGCACAACAGAUGCAGUCCUGUUCCCUCUAGACACAGCCCCUAUAAACCUAAUCUGCUUGUUGCCUUUCUUCCCCCAGGUCAACUCAGAAAGCAAGAUCCUCAGUGUUAAUAAAGUUUGGUUGUUUCUAACUA